AUGCGGUCGUUUUUGCGUGGUGAACUACUCCGGUAUUACAGACGGAACUUCUCUUGGACGUCAGUGAAUGAAGCAAGGAGAAGAGCUUCGCAUGCCGAUGUGGAUGUAUUCUGCCAAACAUUGCCUGAGAACGAACGUAACAUCUUGGAUCAGUACUCAAGCUUGCGCCGCCGCAUCUCCACGCCGUCCAGUCUCUACUGUGUCGAACAGACCGUAGCUGAUCGAGUUGCGAACCUUGUUCUGAACGAUGGAACUGCUAAUCCUGUGUUGGAAGUUCGACCAGGUCCAGGGUUGAUCACACGUGCAAUGCUGAGACAAGGAAUCCCUGCCAUUCGUUUGUUUCAAGAUUCGGCGUUGUUUGGGGCUUCAUCGAUCAAGAGAGAUUUCCCGGAUGCAGCGAUUGACUCAAUCAUGGAUGACCUGUUAUUACUGUCGAAGAGGGAUUAUGCAGAUUUUCAAGACCCCACGGAGCACCGCGUUGCCCGGCUGUUGGAUGGACUACAACCCGCGGAAAAUGGAUGGAGAGGAGAUCCUGCGCUGAAGAUUGUGGGUACACUCUGCAGUCGCAAAGAUAUGGCCUUCUUAAGGUACAUGACGAGUUCGUGUUUAUCUCGUCGCACAUUGUUCCAGUUUGGCAGAGUUCGAUCUGUAUUCAUCGUUCCUUCUUCUAUUUAUGAGCACGUCACAGCGCGACCAACUUCAGGUUUCAUUCUGUACAAAUCCUCGAAUAUACUUCUGCAGCUGCUCUUCGAUGUGAAACUUCUGGAUACUGUGCCGAGAAGUGCGUUUUUCCCGUGGCCACUUGCAAAGAAUGUUGCAAGAAAGCGACGUUCUAACUUCAACGAGGAUCACAUGUACAUUGUAAGCAUAGAGGCGAAACGAGAUAUUCCAGGUGUACCUGAAACUCAAAUGCGUGAACUGGCAUUCUUCAUAUUUCAUCAUUUGACUUCAAGAUCACGAACAGUGAUCCCUGCACUUGAGCAGUGGAUCCCAGGCUGUGGCGUGAAGCUCAUUGAGCAGGGUCAUGGAAUUUUUACCCGAUUUGGAGAUUUGGAACCUGACAAGCUCAAGGACCUAUUCUUGAUUUUCGCCUCCCAUCCUGAGUACGAAUCAUGUGCGUUCAAAGAAGCAUUGAACUUAGCCCAGGAUGCCAUUGAUUUUCCAUUCUCCCUUGCUGAUGUCUCGGAAAAGAAACCAGGAGUGGUACCUGAUCUCGAUGCGGAUCACGAUGAGAGUGACGAGCAUCACAUUAGCGUACAGCCUCGUCAUCGUUUGGCCGAUGAAGCUUGAAUUCUUUAAGCAUCUAUGUUCGUGAUGUUUUGGAAAAGCUCAUAAAAAGGCCGAUGACUUCUCACGUACAA